CACACAAAUAACACACCGUUGGAAAGGGAGACAAACCCAAACAACAACACUGGGGCGUAUUGAACUUACGGCCAUUUUUCCCUUCCCUCCAAACACUCAUAUCCCAGCUAGCAAUGCGUGGUGCCCUGAGCUUACUGGUGGCUGAGUGACCUUUGCACCUAAGUGCUUGAGUGUCUGUAGGACCAUGGCAGCCUCAGAGGAGCUGGGAGGUAGUCUGGAUGUGGAUGUGGUCGGGCUGGUGGAUCUAGAUUUCAAAAAUGAAUCAGACUUCUUUGACUUUGAUUCUGGAGGGGAGUUUGGGCUAUUUGGUGAAGCUGGUGCAGCAUUGCAUACAACAAGCAGCAGCACCACCACCACUACUUCUGCUGCAGCCACAACCACUCCUCUUGCAUCUCCACCAGGUGCCCUUCUCAGCACUUCUCCAGGUGCUAACAUAACAACUGGUAGCUCCAGCCAAAAUACAACUUGCAACAGUCUUAAAAAGGCUGGGAGCACCACCAAGAGCAAAAGUCACUGGACUGACAUAGAGAAAGAUUUGUUUCAAAAAGGCUUGGAACUCUUUGGAGCAAACUGGAAUCAACUUUCAAGUUUUAUAUUUACAAAGACUCCUGGACAAGUACGAAGUUUUUACAAGAAGUGGAUGGAAGUUGUAAGUGUUGUUCAAGAAGCUGAUACACUUGGAGAAACCCUGAUUUUCAUGCCUGCUGAUAAUGUGUGCAUUAGUACAGAUUUAGAAGAUCCUCUAGGGCUUAUUGAAACAGCUACCACAACUGUUACCACCACUCCGUUAUCUCCGAGAAGAACUAAGAAUAUUCAAAAUAAAUCCAAGACACUAAAAGGUCAUGAAAAUGUUGAUUCACCUUUUCAGCCUUCUGAUGAAAUUAUUGUUCCUUCAGUAGGUGAGGAGUGUGUCAUAGAACAAUGUGAUUCUUUUGUAGGGAGUCCAGAUAAUGAAAGAGGUAAAGAAAGGAAAACUAUUUCAGCACAAAAAAAGUCACCUGGGAAAGUAAAGAAGAGUGGGACAUCAUUACAUAAAUCUCACUCGCCCUUUAAAAUGAAAAAUCACAAACAGAAAACAAAAAAGAAGAAAAUGAAAGUUGCAAGCAGUCCAAAGAAUAGUGAGGUAAGGAACAUGUCAGUGGUAGAAAAUGUGCCCAAAGUAGUGCCUGAACCCAACAUGGCUCUGUUAGGCCAAGUGGUCCAUUUGGUGAAGGAUGACGAAAUGGAAACGAGUGAUGUUGAUAUUGAUGUUAGUGAUGAUGAGCAAUUAGUUAUCAUUGACAAGUCUCCCACUGAUGUGAUCCUUCCCUCAAAAGUGGAAGCCCCAAAGAAUCCCAACAUGAGGGGAGAGAACACUGAAAUAAAAGAAGUGCAUUCCAAAGUUGAAAGUUUUGGAUCUGAAGGGAGAAAGCAACAUAUUUUUACUUUCCCCCGCCCACUGAAAGAAAGGGAGUUAGACUUAGAUGAAAUUACAGAGGAAGAAAAAGUUGUUCAUUAUGAAUAUUUUGAUGGUAAGGGUGUAAAAACUCCAGAAAGGUACUUGAAAAUAAGAAAUUAUUUGAUAAAUUUUUGGAAUCAGAUAAAACCUAAAUAUGUGAGGAAGACAGCAGUGCGUGCUGGUCUCAAAAAUUGUGGUGACGUGAAUUCCAUCAGCAAAGUGCAUGAGUAUCUCGAGAAAAUUGGUGUAAUUAAUUUUGAGUGUCCAGAGAGCAACUAUUCUUCACCUUUGGUUGUAGGAAUUAAACCAAAAGAAAAACAUGCAAUCCCAAGCAAACCCAUUGUUAAAGUGGACAGGUCGGAAAUGACUCGACAGAAACAGAAAAAGAAAUUGGAUAUGUCUCUUUGUGAAGGUGGAGGUUUGACCAUAAGUCAUGAUGAAUCAGGAGCCAUUGUUGAUGCUUGCCACAUACCUGAAGCUCCUCGUAGCAGAGCAAGUUCUGGGAGCAACCGUAAUGGGUCCCGAACAGAACAGUUCAAGUUGGUGCGUUGUCUGGAGCAUGACCCAGACACCCCAGCACCAUUUUCUGUUAUUAUGCAUGCACAUGCUCUCAUUACUAUGGACCUUCAUGCGCACACCUCCCUUGCUGAAGUUAUGGGACUACUUGGAGGGUAUUAUGACCCUACUUCACACACAUUGCAUGUGACUGUUGCUGUGCCGACAGCAGCAGUCAGUUCUGGUGUGGAAUGUGACAUGUGUCCAGUGUCUCAGAGUGCAGCCUGUACCACAAUUCAUGAGGGUGGUGUCCAGGUUGUUGGAUGGUAUCAUUCUCAUCCAACAUUCCCUCCAAAUCCAUCCAUUCAGGAUAUGGACACUCAGAGUCAGAUGCAGCAGUGGUUUGCCCGUCAGGAUGCUCAUUUCUUAGGUAUUAUUGUAAGUCCAUUUUGCCCCACAAAUCGUAGUGAAGCCUCACACAUACGCUGCAUUGUCCUAGAUAAGCCGCCUCACUGUCAAGAAGAAAAAGGUUCUAAAGUUCCUUACAAGCUGUUCUGGUCUGUUAGUGAGGUGAUGCCUGGAGCCUGGGAAGAAGUAUGCCAGGGUGUGAGAAAGGUGGUGACUGGGGCCCGAGAUGAUCCCAUGGCAGUGGAUUGGAGGGGAGAGUGGAGAGGACAAGUAACCAAUUGGGAGAAAGCAAUAGCUUCUUUGAAUCACCACCUACCUCAUUAUCUCCACACUCCUCUACAGUCUGUUAGGACAACUUUUCUGGCUGCAGUGAGGGAAUGUUUAGAUGCCUAGUGUCUAACUUUUUGUCUGUGAAUGUGCAAGAGAUAUUAUUACUUCUAUUUGUAUUACCAUUUAAAACAAAAUUGCAUGUUGUUUGUAUGUGUGUGUGUGUGCGUGUGUGUGUGUGUACAUAUAUAUAUAUAUAUAUAUAUAUAUAUAUAUAUAUAUAUAUAUAUAUAUAUAUAUAUAUAUAUAUAUAUAUAUAUAUAUAUAUAUAUAUAUAUAUAUAUAUAUAUAUAUAUAUAUAUAUGGUAUAUGUGGAUGGGUGUGUAUGUUUUACUAGAAUGACUCUAGUCAAGUGCUAGAUAAUAAAUUGUAGGAAUGAAAAGGUCACUUAAUUGCUGCUUCCACAAAACAGAGGUUAGAAAUUUUUUUAAAAAGAACAUUUUCUGUUUAAUUCUUAAGGUGCCUUAGUGCUCUUUAUAAAGGAUCUGGGACACAGAAUGGAAAAAAAUGAAUAAGGCAGUAUUCUAGACUCUGCAGAUGAAAGAGAUAAAGGAAUAAAGUUAAAAGAUGAAUGUGACUUUUGCAUUAGUAAAGUGGACCAAAUAGAAUAUGUAGAAUUCUUGUGCUGUGGGACCAUAGGAAAGGCUAGACAAACAUUAAGUUCGUAAGAGAAGUAACAGAGAAAAAAUUUAUAUUAGAUUUUGAGUAGAUACUGUACACAAUUAGACAGACAUUAUUAAAAUGGAAAGUGAUCUGUUAUUAGAAUUGACCAGUGUAAAUUCGCAUCUUUUUCAUUCUGCUCUUUGUACUAAUACAGUCCUUCAGGCAAUUACUUUUGCUGUUGUCAGGAACAGAUGGGCCCACAACACUGGAUAAGAAUUCCACAGAUCUGAUCUUGUUAUUGGUUAAUCUCUUGCCCACUGCAUUUUGUACUCCAUUAUUGACACUGAAAUGUAACUGACUUGCCGGCAUCACAUCUGCUGCUUAAAAGCUUGUUCCUACCAGUAUUACUAACAUGAACUAAAGUGCUAGUAAUAGUUUGAGUUUGUAAAACUUUCAUGACAGUUGUGACCCAUAGUUGAGUGAAAUGUGAAUACUAUAAGACCAGUUAGAAAAACAAAGUUCAUACCAGGAUAGUGAAUGGAUUCUUUGAAAUCUUUGACUCACCAAGAUUCUGUAGUCAUGUCAGCAGUUUACCAAUUUUUGGGAUCCAUACUGUCAAACAAAACUGCUAGGUGAUAGAUUCUUUAGAAUUUUCCUUUUGCAAGCUUUUUGAAUUACUUGGUCUGUGUUAGAGGAGCUAAUGUCUUUUGCACAGGGCUUUGAAUUGAUAGCAAAUUUCUACAUAGUAUAAAGUAAAGGUGGAAGGUGAAGGACAAAGGUGAAUGUGAACACAGAACAGUAUUUGAUGAAGGUAGGAGGAAUUCUCUUGACCAUAAGCCUUGACUGAUGUCUUUAGGCCUAGAGAUGAAAAUUGAGAAUCUGAACAGAGAUGAGAGAAUAAUGUGGGAGCAUCUAGUCUUGAAAUUGAGUGUCAUUAAUACACAAAAUAAUAAAGAAAUUUAAAGAUAAUCACUUUUGGGAGGAUCUGACUUUGAGACAUUUUUAUUUCCUGAAGUCCAUAUAAUCUGUUGUAUGAGCAGAAAGAUCUGGUCUUUACAUGACAGACUAAAACCAUUUUCUAGUUUACUGAGACAAAGUCAGAAGAGUUAUUACAAGAUUACAGUCCCACCUCAUCCCCACUAUAAUUCUAGGAGAUGACUACCUACUCAUAUUAUUUUCAUAUUUAAUAUGGAAAAACAGUUUUAUGUACUGGGGUUAAGGGAAAAUUUUAAUACCAAUAACUUUUGUAUGCCAGUGGAUGAAAUACAUUUUUAGACUCAAUGACUCCUGACAAAUGCUGCAGAAUAAGAUAAAUUUUUAUUCUAGCAGACUAAAAUCAUGCAGUGUAAUUGAUUAGAUGCAAACAACUAUGUAUUCUCAUUCAAUUGUAAGGAAAAAAAAUGAGGUACUGCCAACAAUAAUAAAGCAAAUGACUUGUCAGAAUUGGGUUAUCACUUGGAAAGUGUCUAAAUCAAAGGUUAAUAUAAUUGAAGGUUGAUAAACCUAAAUAUGUAAGAGUUUGUUCAAAGAAUAACUAAAAAGUUCUCCAUAGGUAUUAUGUAUUCUAAUAAAGGUUCACAAAAAU